UUUAAACAGUUGGACAAUCAAUUUUCAAAACUCCGGAAAUUCCCUCAGAAACAGUUUGAUUCUAUUAGAAAUUUAUAAACUUUUAAAAAUUUAUUUAUUUAAUAAAAACUUUUUUUACUUCAAACCCAAACAAAAUGUUACAAGGACAAGAGGCUUUGCAAUUAGUACUUGAGAAUAUUUCGACAAUGACUACCGGUACUUAUGGAUCAAGCAGAACGAGGCCCACGAAUGCGAACCAAUUCUCAGUUGGAACUUUCUACAAUGUAGUUGAGAAAAACACUGCGCAGAGAGACAGCCAGUUGGCGAAAUUUGACAUGAGAAAUCCAGCUCCUGGUAGCAGCAGUCCAGUGCCGAAUGUGACUGAGCAUGUGACUGUGCCGUCUUCCGAACAUGUAGCCGAAAUUGUUGGCAGACAAGGUUGCAAAAUCAAGGCCCUGAGAAACAAGACGAAUACCUAUAUCAAGACACCAGGUAGAGGGGAAGAUCCUUUAUUUGUGAUCACGGGGCAAAGAGAGAGUGUUGCCUUGGCUGUUCAAGAGAUUCAUCAAGCUAGUGCUCAUUUCACAAACAUAAGGGCUCAAAGAAAUAAAGGACUUGCGCCUCCAGCUCUCGAGGGACACGUCACUGAUAGGGUGCAAGUACCAUACAGAGUCGUUGGCUUAGUCGUGGGACCGAAGGGACAGACGAUCAAACAGAUCCAAACCAAGACUUCCACCUACAUUGUCACUCCAAGCAGGGAAAGGGAACCUAUCUUUGAAAUAAGCGGUCUGCCGGAAAAUGUUGCCAAGGCCAGAGAGGAAAUUGUGAGCUACAUCACGGUGCGAACUGGAAUGUUCUUGGAGGAAAGCGCCAUUGGACAGCUGACUUUCAACGGUGCUUCAAACAGCGUGAGUUUGACUGGCAAGACUCCGACUGGAAUCUGGAAUCCUUCCAAACAGGAUAUCGAUGAAUUCGAAAGCGUAUCUGACGCUUUGACAAGUGCAAUGAGCGGGCUUUAUGGAGACAGCAUGACCGCAAGAACUACACAAGCAAGUGUGCGGCCGUUCACUGGAAGACCCAUGACAACUUUAACUAAUGCGAUCGUUUCUUGUUCUGGAGUUAGGACCUCGGCGGGGUCGAGGCGAGAAAUGGAGUUCAGCGACGAAAACCGAGAUCCUCUCAGAAGCACCGAGUUCAGGGCUGCGACUGAGUCGAUCUCGAAUCUGCUGAAAAGCCCAAUGCAACUGCAAGACUUGAACAUUAACACAUACAACCCUUUCAAUUUGGACAGCGGAGCCUGGCUGCAGCAUAGAAUCAACAGGAAUGAGUCACCGGCUGAACGAGGAGAACCGUUGUCACGAAACUUGGGAGCGGAUUUUGACUUCGCAAGCAUGCCUUUCAGAUUGAACGAUGCAGCCAAAAUAAGCCCACUAAGCAAUGACGGGUCUCAGCACUCUGACCCAAGCAGCGAGUCCAGUGGAACUAGUCGGGGGUUCGGCAAUGGGAGUCCAUCCGGUUUGCACCCAGCAGUUUCUCGGAUUGCCGAUCCAGUAGCGAGCAGCUUCGGUGUUUUCAUGCCAUUCGGCAGUGAAGUUAGCUCUGCUUCUGGACUGCAUGACGCUAUUGGAGCCAACACUUGGGUGCUGUCUCCUCCCAGGCUGACCUCACAAGUGCGCAAAUCUCAGCCGGAUGUUAGCAAGUGUGGUAUCGGAAUGUGCAACGAGAGAAUUAACUGCACUUUUAUUCCGUGCGGACACAAGACGCUGUGCUAUGGCUGUGCCAAGGAAUACAUUGGACUGCCAUGUCCCUCCUGCUACGACAUCGUGAAGACUGCCUUGAGAACCUGAACAACUUUUUAGUCACUCCUUUUGAAGUGUAUUUGAAAUCUUGAUCUGAUUUUAAUAUUGACGUUUUGAAAUUAUUUGACAUGAAAACUGAAUCUAUUUAAAUGCUGCUUUAUGUAUGUACGUUGCAUAUAGUAUUCUAUUUGACAUAAUUUGUGUCUGUGCAAUCAAAAUUUCUUAUUCAAAGCCCCGAAAAGGCUGCAGUAUCAAGUGCCUUAAAUUUGUACCUUAUUAAAGAACGGAUCUACUUAAUCAAAUCAGUGCUAUUUCUGUUGUACGUAAAUUAAACCUCACUAUUCCUUGCCAUUCAUAAAAGCUUCUAUGUUACGUUCUGUUAUGUUGAUACGAAAGUUUUAUAUUUACCAAAUUAAAUCUCUGUCAAAAAUGAAACGAUUGCUAUUAUUGCCAAGUAUGUAUUUAUGCACAAGUAUUUAAUUUGAAUGUGAAGUCAUAUUCAUAUUUUAAACCACUGUUCAAUAUUAAAAAUCUGCCUUAAACGAACUUUUACCCUAUUUAUAUUGAAUUCA